GAGAUGUGCAUGGAGAAUUGUGGCCCAAGAUUCCAGACUUUGGUUGUGAAGAAAGAUUUCUGCAAAGACAAGCUGGUGAAGCUCCUGAAUCCAAGAUACAAUCUGCCCAUUGACCUGCAGGAGAAGAUCUUGGCCUUCAUCAUGAUGUGGGCCCGAGGUUUCCAAGGAAUGGUGGAUGUCAGCGAAGUCAAAGAGGUUUAUCUGGAGCUGCUGAAGAAAGGAGUGGAGUUCCCAUUCUCUGACCUCAGCAGAGGGGCACCUAAGACUUCAGCUCAGCCUUCUACAAAGUCAUCAGCACCUUCUGCCAGUCCUGCCAAACGUUCUUUCCUGCCUCUCCCCACAGGUCCAACCUUCCUGUUGACUCCUGAGCAGAUUGGGAAGCUGUACAGUGAGCUGGACAUGGCCAGGAUGAACGUGAGAGUCAUGUCCUCCAUCCUGAGAGACAAUGCUCCUGGCUCUGAGAACCCAGAUGACAUGAAUCUGCUACAGAAACUGUAUAAAACCUGUCGGAUGAUGCAGGAGAGGAUCAUGGAGCUGCUGGUGUCAGUGGAAAAUGAAGAUGUGAUAGUGGAGUUAAUUCAGGUCAAUGAAGAUCUGAACAAUGUUCUCCUGGGACAUGAAAGGUUCUCUCGGAACAGAGUUCGCUUCCUGGAGAACCAGAGGAUCCAGCAGGAGCGCUCCCAGCUGUACAGGAAGCAGCCCUCUGCUCCCUCAAGUGAUCUGCUUGACCUCUUCAUGGAGCCUCCCUCUCCAGCAUCAGCACUGGUGCCAGCAGACUCUGCAGUGGCUCCUUCAGGCCUCAAUGGCACAUCUGCACAGCCUGAAGAUCAACCCAGGCAUCAUCCAUCAAUUUAUCCCCAGCCAGACUCAGCAACUGCUGCCAAAGCUCAGCAAUUCCCGUUUGCAGCUGAGGCACAGAACAGCAGUGUCAGCACCCCAGCUGGGCACACCUACAGCAAUCUGGCCACUCUCUUGAGCCCAGUGCCUCUGAAUCCAGUCAGCCUGCAGAGUGGACAAAGUGCAUCAGCCAGUGGAGCAUCACCAGCAGCUGUGUCCAAGAACAAGUCACAAUCAUCUCAUUACUACGAGAUCAUGGAAUUUGAUCCCUUGGCUCCCACUGAAGCCAUUUAUGAGGACAUUGAUGCUGUGCUGAAGACAGAGGUUAGCAAGGACACAGAAUGCUGA